GUUGGCGGGUGGCGCGCUGGUGCGCGGGCGCGGCGGAUGGUGGCGGGAUGAGCGGCGGCGCGCUGGCGCUGACCGCCCUGUCCGGGCCGCCGCUGUCCGCCGCCGAGGCGCUCUCCUCGCUGCUAUGGCAGCCGUACGAGUGCCGCUCGCCGCCCCUCGCGCGCUCCCGCACCGACGGAGCCCUAGCCGAGAGAGGGGGCGCUCAGUCGCCGAGCGGCGGUCGUCAUGCGCGCGCGCCACGCUCGAUACCUCGCCACGAGAUGCGGCUGCCCGUUCCGGCCGAGGCGGUCUCGGUGCGAGUCCCGGCCGAAGAUAUCGUGUCAAGUGUGAUAGUGCAAGUGCAGGAUGCGCCUGUCAGUUGUAAUGUAAACAGUGCGGUUCAGACGGAACGAGAGAGGAGUGUUGCUAGCGCGGAGUGCCAGACUGAGGAGCCUGCGCGGCGGCGGCGCACGAGGCGGGCGCGGGCUCCCCGUGUGCCGGAGCUGCUGGAGAGCGUGCCUCCUCCCCCGUAUAGCACGCUACCCCCGCCGCGGCUCCCGCCACCCCCGGCGCACCCGCUGCCGCUGCCGCUGCCGGUGCCGGUGCCGCCGGCGCCGAUCAUCGCACCGCAUCCUCCUGCGCAUAGGUUCCCCUUCCAGCCCAUCCCACUCAGAUCGGGCAGAGGCGCAGCCUACGCAUGUUCUGAAGGCGAAGGCAACGCUCCCAAGUCGUGCUGCGGCCGUCCCCCUCUCCGGCUAUGCGUGCUCUUCCUCGGCGUCGUCGGCGCAUGCUUGGUCGCCGCCGGCGCGGUACUCGGCGCCCUGAGGCCACAUCCUAAAGCGCCGCUCACAUUACUACUGCUAAUGAUAGGUAUAGGAGUCGUGCUAGUAACGGCAGCCGGGCUAGCAUGGCGGCUAGGCGCGCGCGACGCGCCGUGUGCGCUCCUCGGGCUGCGCCGCACCUCGUGCAGAAGGCUCGUGCCCAGGUUACCGCCGAGCUACGCUCGACCGCACCACCCGUACGCGGCCAUGCUGUAUCCAGAGUUCCACUAUAGGCCGCCCCCGCCGACGUAUCAGGCAUCUAUGCAAGAGUAUAGACUCAGGUUACUUCUCUUGGACAGAAGUGCGCCCGUGGUGUCGCCGCCCCCCACGUACAGAUCAAAUUCAGCUAGUCUAGUCAGAGGGUCCACUGGUGCCGCGUGGUGCGGCUCCGAGUACAGCGGGCCGCCCUCGUACCGCGCGCCCCGCGCCGACCCCCCCGUCACAACUGACGUCCUUCCUCUCUCCCCGCACGACCUCAAGUACGCCGAAGACGCCCUAGAACUACCCAAAACCGAGCAAGAAAAAGACCGCGACGAACAUCUGGUCACCAUAGUACACACGGACGCGCAGCCGGUGAUCGUCACUGUGUCGGGAUCGACAGCUCUCAACGACACGCACAUGUCGCACAUGCAACCGCCAACCGAAAUCGAUAUAUUGGCACAUUUAUAACGAACCACAUUGUUAGUACGUGUCGCGUGUGCUCCGAUGUGAACAAAGUGGACAUAAAGCGAAAAGUGAUUAUUGUACCUCUGUGUACAUUUUCUGUUUUGUAAUUUUAAGCAAAUCAGAGUCUAGGCUACGUUUGAAAAGCUUUAUCUAGUUUGAAAUGGUUUUGUAUUUUGAAUUACCUAACAAAUACAUUUUGCGUUUGAAACGUAGUUGGGCCGACUAUACUUACGAGUGGAAACGUUGCCAGACUUAUUUUGUGUUUGUUAUCUUAUCAAAGUUGGAGGAAAUUUUACAAUAAACCAUGGAUAUUAAACAGCAUGAUAAGCUAACCAAUAUAAUAGGCGUGUUUGAUAACAUUAAACAAACAGUCCCCUGCACCGAUAAGUCUGGUAGUUUGCAUUCUACCUAUAAUGAUUUCACGUACCUUUAUGUAGAUAAGUUUUGUGUAAAUAUUUUAAAAGUACGACGAAUGUCUGUUUAGUUUAAUUAAGGUAAAUUUAUUACCUCAAGGAUCAUUUUUCAAUCUCAAGUGAAGGAGCUAUAUCAUAUAAUUGCCUGCCUGGAGAUUGAAAAAUCAACCUUAAACCAUGUGCCGUGUAAAUAAAAUGAUAGAUACAAAUAAUUAGAGCUAAUUGUUCAAACAAAGAUCAAUUAAUUAUUUAAACCAAAUCCUUUGCUGUAAUGUACAAGAUUGAAUACAGUGUUGUUUUAUAAUCGUGCCAAUGGUUUUCCUACGUUUAUUGUAAAUAUGUAUGAACAAAUAAUUUAUAAUCCAGAUCUCGACUAACUUAGCCAAAUGAGUAACAUAUUGUUUUUGAAUGUGAUUUAGGUAAUCUUAUCUUUUCUUACUCGUUAUUUCCCGGUUGCAUGCUUAAGAGGAGGGACGAUCGAUUCUCCAUACAAUCGUAGUCCUCACUUUCCUCCCUGGAUAUUGAUAUUACGGAAAAUAUUUUUACACGUAUGUAUUUUAAUCAUAGCUAUGACCGACCGUUUGAUUUUUUUCGAUUUUUACUUUACUAUAGGAGCUUUUAAAAAUUUGUAUGAAACCUGUUUUGGGCUCCUAACUCCUUUUGUAAAGCUCGACCGAGCGCGAGAUAACGCGCGCGCUACUAGAUCGACGGAAGCAAUAUGUUACUACAUUGGUUGCGACAAUGAGUUCGUAUUAAAAUAUGUACCUAUCAUCCCAAACAUAAUGUAACAUUUUAUUUUAUAUGGUUUUUGAACGCCUUUAUUUCUUUAAAUUUGAAAAAGACUCAAAAUUGCUACUAGAUACCAGUAAAGAUUUAUUUUAAGUAGGUAUUGACCUAUACCAUUAAUUUUAUUAUUUAAUCAAUCACUGUACCUACUGUUACUGUUAAAAAAUGUAACGUAAUAAAUAAAUAAUUAUUGUAUCGUUAGGAUGUUGUACAUAAAGUUAUUUGUAUUAUAAGAAAUAAAUAAAGAUCUUUAGUGAAUGAAA